CAAGCUGUCAUUAGUAUUUUAUUAUUCCUACAAUAAUAUUUGUGUAAAAUAAGCUUUUCUUGAUAUUUGUAUAAACUGAAAAUGAUUCGUUUCAUAUUAAUACAAAAUCGUGCUGGUAAAACUAGAUUAGCAAAAUGGUAUAUGAAUUUCGAUGAUGAUGAAAAGCAAAAACUGAUAGAGGAAGUCCACGCAGUUGUGACUGUUAGAGAUGCCAAACAUACAAAUUUUGUUGAGUUUCGCAACUUCAAAAUUGUGUACAGAAGAUAUGCAGGAUUAUACUUCUGUAUUUGUGUUGAUGUCAAUGACAACAACUUGUGUUACCUAGAAGCAAUCCAUAAUUUUGUUGAAGUAUUGAAUGAGUAUUUUCACAAUGUAUGUGAAUUAGAUUUGGUGUUCAAUUUCUAUAAAGUCUACACUGUAGUAGAUGAAAUGUUUUUGGCAGGAGAGAUUCGAGAAACGUCUCAAACAAAAGUUCUGAAGCAGUUGCUUAUGCUGAACUCUUUAGAAUAAUUAUGUAAAUACUCAUGACAUAUUUUCAUUCCACUUACAUAAAUAUAUAACUAAGUUAUUAUAUUAUAUUAUGUUGUACAUUUAAAUAAAUUAUAUAUAUAUGCAAGUCAUAUAGUAA